UUUCACGCUGAUGGGAGGAGGUCACUCAACCAGUUCAUGCAUUCUUUGUCAAAGAAGAUCAGACUUGGAUAGAAUCUAAUGCUUUGAAGGAAGAAACAUAUAUGACACUAUUGAAGACUGGACUACACAGCAUGGUGUGACUGCACUGUUCAUCCAUGUGCAUGCCUUUGAACAGAGUCUGACCGACGUGAUUGAGGAAACUCUCCCGAAGAACAAAAUCAACAUUUAUCGCAAAUUAUUCAACUUUGUCGUCUUUUGUGAUGGUAUCAACAACUGCUUGCCACGCAUCACACAUAUCUCCUCCAAAAAAGACAAGGAAAGCGGACAAGGAACACUGCUACGUCAUUUUUCGAAAUGGUUCUUCCUGAAUGUGGACCCGCCAUUAACAGAAGUAUAUGCUGAUCUGGACAACAUAGCGGUAGCAGUCAAGGAAAAGAACAUAUCUGGUCGCUCAGAUGUGAAAAUCAGCACUCUCUUGUGGAAGUCCAACAGCCGGAAAUGGUCGCAAAUCGGUGACUUAACAAAUAAUGGGGGCACAUACCCCGCCUUCAUUUCUCCUCUUUUCCCCAAUACGGCAUACAUGUUGAACGGAAGAAAACUAAAAAUUGGCAUCUUGGAGUGGCAAAACUUUUGCAAGAAAUCAGAUUGUUCAACAAAUGGCUCCAUUGUGUACACUCAUGUUUGCAAGGAUUUAUUCGACAGCCUUGCCGAAUAUCUCAAUUUUACAUAUGAACUGAUCGAACCACCGGACAAGUCUUGGGGUGAAUUGUCCGAAACAUGGAACGGUCUUCUUGGCAUGGUAGCACGAAAUGGUAUCGAUCUUUCGGGCAUACCUUAUGGAAUCACCCUUAAAAGAUCCAAGGCCUUUGCAUUUUCUUAUAUCAUGUACCAAUACGAAUGUGAGGUAGUCCAUAAGAAACUGUCAAAUAAUGAUAACCACUGGAUGUUGUUGGUGUCUGUUUUUAAAUGGGAAGUGUAUGUAUGCGGACUGCUGACGAUGGCAUGGUGCAUAGGACUCUAUACAUUGCUGGAACGAUACAGUGUUGGAGAGCAUUUCGAGGCCGGGGAGAUUCCUGCAUGUCCACCAUCAACAUCAGACAGUGUCAUGACGGCCGUUCUUGUGCCGCUACGUCAAGGUUCGCUGCAUCUCCCACGGGCCAGUUCAGGACGCAUAUUCUACACAAGCUGGGUGUGGUUUUGCAUCAUCAUUGUCGCAGUUUACACGGGUAAUCUGGUUGCAAUUAUAUCAGUGGUAAAAGAAAACAUACCCUUCAAUACGAUAAAAGAGCUUGCAGAAAAUGACGACUUCAAGAUUAUCAUUGCUAAAGGCACAUCUUAUGUAGAUAUCUACAAGUAUUCUAAUGAUAGUGUGAGCAAGAAAAUCUGGACGAAAGUGUUGGACGCCCGAUCUGCAGAUAUCCGAAACUCUCUGGACGAGGAUCUUCACAUUAAGAUGCUCCUACAGUCUAGCUACUACGCAUACAUUACCGGUUCAACCGAGACUAAUGGUAUAGAAAAGAUGGUUUUUAACCUCCGAAAGAUGAAAUGUAGUAUUGGUCCAUAUUUUCUAAGCCUACCCUUUCCUGCCAAUUCACCCCUUGCGGAGUUAUUUUCAGACAAACUUAUGCGUCUAUAUGAUAACGGCAUGCUGGAAGCCUGGGCAAGAAAAUGGUCCAGCACAAAACGGGAGGAAGAUGUACCUGCAAUGACGAAGGUUGACAUGAGUAACAUGCGGAGUGCCUGGACAAUGUGUGUAUCAGGAAUUACAGUAGCCAUCACGAUUUUAGGAAUUGAACGUUUCCUAAACUACCAAAUAAACCAAGAUUGAUUGACUAUUCUAUGAAAAUGAACACAUGAAUGUUACUGUUAGUUACAGUCACAUUUCAUGACAUCUUCAUGGCUUCGGUAAAUCAGGUUAAACUAUACUAUUCAAAAACAGUAAAAGAACACCCGAUUCUUUGAUAUCGCUAUAGUUAAUCUGUCAUGUCAUGCCAUAGUAUACAUUACUCUUCUCUGGUAUAAGAAAGUCCCAUGACAGAUUAACAAAGGUAAUAUGAAAGAAUCGGGUGUUCUUUAACUUCUUUGGAGUAGCAGAUAAGCCAUAAUAUACUACUCAAAAGAAGUUAAGGAUCACCCAAUUAUUUACUAUUACUAUAGUUUAUCUUUCAUACCAUUACAGAUUAACAAUAGUAAUUUGAAAGAAUCUGCUGAUCCUAAAGUUCUUUUGAGUAGUAUACUAGUAAUCGAGCGUAUCCUGAAAUAUCGCUUAAACAAUGAUUGAACUUGUUUUUAAAAAGGGUCUUAUCGUCCAGUGUUCCCUAGUUUGCUAUGCUUCUUCAGUUAAAACGUAUCAGUAACUGGUGUUGCACCAUACCAGACAUUCUACUCCUCAAGACAUAUCCUUCUUAAUACUUUUCAUAUUCUAUGCCAAAAAGCAUAAUAAAUGCUUGAUCAUAUCUUUUGAAAUAUAGGGAGGGAAUGUGUGAGUAUGAUUUUACACCGCUGAUAGCAAUAAUCCAGCAAUAUCCACAUUAAAAAUGGGCUUCACAUGCAGUACUUAUGUAGGGAAUCGAACCGUAUUAUUCUUUCGAUUUUAAUCGAAAGAUUCACAUGUGGCACUCCGUGUCUGCGAUAGCUGUGACUUUAUAUUUGAAUAAUUGUUUACUUUUAUUUACAUGGGAGUUAUUGUCCAUUGAUUAUUCGCUCAUUCGACUGCAUCACAGACAGUUAAAAGUAUAAUAUACCUUAAACAGUGUAUGUUCAUGGUUCAACACAGAACAUGGAAAAAACGUACAUUUUUCAACAGCAAAAUCCCAGCAAAGUUUCUGUAUGAUUUCAGUGUACAAAAAGCAUGUAUCUGAGCUUGAAUAAAUUACACAUUGGUACAAGUUUAAGGCCUCGGUGUUCAUAAAGGUUUAUUGUAGACAUGUGGAGAACAUUUCUCAAUAUGUGGUAUCAGUGGCCAAAAUGAUGUCCGGUGCAAUUCCCGAUUUUGGCUUGAGUGAUAUGUCCCCUUAUUGUUCCAGAUGUAGAAGUGACUUUCCUUUUAUGUGUUUGUAAGAUCGUGUGAGUGACGGAUGCUACCGCUAGGACAGGACAUAUGUUCCCUUAUUUUCCAGAUGUAGAAGUGACUUUCCUUUUAUGUGUUUGUAAGAUCGUGUGAGUGACGGAUGCUACCGCUAGGACAGGACAUAUGUUCCCUUAUUUUCCAGAUGUAGAAGUGACUUUCCUUUUAUGUGUUUGUAAGAUUGUGUGAGUGACGGGUGCUACCGCUAGGACAGGACAUAUGUUCCCUUAUUUUCCAGAUGUAGAAGUGACUUUCCUUGUAUGUGUUUGUAAGAUCGUGUGAGUGACGAAUGCUACCGCUAGGACAGGACAUAUGUUCCCUUAUUUUCCAGAUGUAGAAGUGACUUUCCUUUUAUGUGUUUGUAAGAUUGUGUGAGUGACGGGUGCUACCGCUAGGACAGGAUAUAUGUUCCCUUAUUUUCCAGAUGUAGAAGUGACUUUCCUUGUAUGUGCUUGUAAGAUUCUGUGAGUGACGGGUGCUACCGCUAGGACAGGAUAUAUGUUCCCUUAUUUUCCAGAUGUAGAAGUGACUUUCCUUUUAUGUGUUUGUAAGAUUGUGUGAGUGACGGGUGCUACCGCUAGGACAGGAUAUAUGUUCCCUUAAUUUCCAGAUGUAGAAGUGACUUUCCUUUUAUGUGUUUGUAAGAUUGUGUGAGUGACGGGUGCUACCGCUAGGACAGGAUAUAUGUUCCCUUUUUUCCCAGAUGUAGAAGUGACUUUCCUUUUAUGUGUUUGUAAGAUUGUGUGAGUGACGGGUGCUACCGCUAGGACAGGAUAUAUGUUCCCUUAUUUUCCAGAUGUAGAAGUGACUUUCCUUUUAUGUGUUUGUAAGAUUGUGUGAGUGACGGGUGCUACCGCUAGGACAGGAUAUAUGUUCCCUUUUUUCCCAGAUGUAGAAGUGACUUUCCUUUUAUGUGUUUGUAAGAUUGUGUGAGUGACGGGUGCUACCGCUAGGACAGGAUAUAUGUUCCCUUUUUUCCCAGAUGUAGAAGUGACUUUCCUUUUAUGUGUUUGUAAGAUUCUGUGAGUGACGGAUGCUACCGAUAGGACAGGAUAUAUGUUCCCUUAUUUUCCAGAUGUAGAAGUGACUUUCCUUUUAUGUGUUUGUAAGAUUGUGUGAGUGACGGGUGCUACCGCUAGGACAGGAUAUAUGUUCCCUUAUUUUCCAGAUGUAGAAAUGACUUUCCUUUUAUGUGUUUGUAAGAUUGUGUGAGUGACGGAUGCUACCGCUAGGACAGGAUAUAUGUUCCCUUAUUUUCCAGAUGUAGAAGUGACUUUCCUUUUAUGUGUUUGUAAGAUUGUGUGAGUGACGGGUGCUACCGGUAGGACAGGAUAUAUGUUCCCUAAUUUUCCAGAUGUAGAAGUGACUUUCCUUGUAUGUGCUUGUAAGAUUGUGUGAGUGACGGGUGCUACCGCUAGGACAGGACAUAUGUUUCCUUUUUUUCCAGAUGUAGAAGUGACUUUCCUUUUAUGUGUUUGUAAGAUUGUGUGAGUGACGGGUGCUACCGCUAGGACAGGAUAUAUGUUCCCUUAUUUUCCAGAUGUAGAAAUCACUUUCCUUUUAUGUGUUUGUAAGAUUGUGUGAGUGACGGAUGCUUCCGCUAGGACAGGAUAUAUGUUCCCUUAUUUUCCAGAUGUAGAAGUGACUUUCCUUUUAUGUGUUUGUAAGAUUGUGUGAGUGACGGGUGCUACCGCUAGGACAGGAUAUAUGUUCCCUUAUUUUCCAGAUGUAGAAGUGACUUUCCUUGUAUGUGCUUGUAAGAUUGUGUGAGUGACGGGUGCUACCGGUAGGACAGGAUAUAUGUUCCCUUAUUUUCCAGAUGUAGAAGUGACUUUCCUUGUAUGUGCUUGUAAGAUUGUGUGAGUGACGGGUGCUACCGCUAGGACAGGAUAUAUGUUCCCUUUUUUUCCAGAUGUAGAAGUGACUUUCCUUGUAUGUGCUUGUAAGAUUGUGUGAGUGACGGGUGCUACCGCUAGGACAGGAUAUAUGUUCCCUUAUUUUCCAGAUGUAGACGUGACUUUCCUUGUAUGUGCUUGUAAGAUUGUGUGAGUGACGGAUGCUACCGCUAGGACAGGAUAUAUGUUCCCUUAUUUUCCAGAUGUAGAAGUGACUUUCCUUUUAUGUGCUUGUAAGAUUGCGUGAGUGACGGAUGCUACCGCUAGGACAGGACAUAUGUUCCUUUUUUUUCCAGAUGUAGAAGUGACUUUCCUUUUAUGUGUUUGUAAGAUUCUGUGAGUGACGGGUGCUACCGCUAGGACAGGAUAUAUGUUCCCUUAUUUUCCAGAUGUAGAAGUGACUUUCCUUGUAUGUGCUUGUAAGAUUGUGUGAGUGACGGAUGCUACCGCUAGGACAGGAUAUAUGUUCCCUUAUUUUCCAGAUGUAGAAGUGACUUUCCUUUUAUGUGCUUGUAAGAUUGCGUGAGUGACGGAUGCUACCGCUAGGACAGGACAUAUGUUCCUUUUUUUUCCAGAUGUAGAAGUGACUUUCCUUUUAUGUGUUUGUAAGAUUGUGUGAGUGACGGGUGCUACCGCUAGGACAGGAUAUAUGUUCCUUUUUUUCCAGAUUUAGAAGUGACUUUCCUUGUAUGUGCUUGUAAGAUUGUGUGAGUGACGGGUGCUACCGCUAGGACAGGACAUAUGUUCCUUUUUUUCCAGAUGUAGAAGUGACUUUAUUUGUAUGUGCUUGUAAGAUUGUGUGAGUGACGGGUGCUACCGCUAGGACAGGAUAUAUGUUCCCUUAUUUUCCAGAUGUAGAAGUGACUUUCCUUGUAUGUGCUUGUAAGAUUGUGUGAGUGACGGGUGCUACCGCUAGGACAGGAUAUAUGUUCCUUUUUUUUCCAGAUGUAGAAGUGACUUUCCUUGUAUGUGCUUGUAAGAUUGUGUGAGUGACGGGUGCUACCGCUAGGACAGGACAUAUGUUCCUUUUUUUCCAGAUGUAGAAGUGACUUUAUUUGUAUGUGCUUGUAAGAUUGUGUGAGUGACGGGUGCUACCGCUAGGACAGGAUAUAUGUUCCCUUAUUUUCCAGAUGUAGAAGUGACUUUCCUUGUAUGUGCUUGUAAGAUUGUGUGAGUGACGGGUGCUACCGCUAGGACAGGAUAUAUGUUCCUUUUUUUUCCAGAUGUAGAAGUGACUUUCCUUGUAUGUGCUUGUAAGAUUGUGUGAGUGACGGGUGCUACCGCUAGGACAGGACAUAUGUUCUUUUUUUUCCAGAUGUAGAAGUGACUUUCCUUGUAUGUGCUUGUAAGAUUGUGUGAGUGACGGGUGCUACCGCUAGGACAGGAUAUAUGUUCCCUUAUUUUCCAGAUGUAGAAGUGACUUUCCUUGUAUGUGCUUGUAAGAUUGUGUGAGUGACGGGUGCUACCGCUAGGACAGGAUAUAUGUUCCCUUAUUUUCCAGAUGUAGAAGUGACUUUCCUUGUAUGUGUUUGUAAGAUUGUGUGAGUGACGGGUGCUACCGCUAGGACAGGAUAUAUGUUCCUUUUUUUCCACAUGUAGAAGUGACUUUCCUUGUAUGUGCUUGUAAGAUUGUGUGAGUGACGGGUGCUACCGCUAGGACAGGACAUAUGUUCCUUUUUUUCCAGAUGUAGAAGUGACUUUCCUUGUAUGUGCUUGUAAGAUUGUGUGAGUGACGGGUGCUACCGCUAGGACAGGAUAUAUGUUCCUUUUUUUUCCAGAUGUAGAAGUGACUUUCCUUGUUUGUGCUUGUAAGAUUGUGUGAGUGACGGGUGCUACCGCUAGGACAGGAUAUAUGUUCCUUUUUUUUCCAGAUGUAGAAGUGACUUUCCUUGUAUGUGCUUGUAAGAUUGUGUGAGUGACGGGUGCUACCGCUAGGACAGGAUAUAUGUUCCCUUAUUUUCCAGAUGUAGAAGUGACUUUCCUUGUAUGUGUUUGUAAGAUUGUGUGAGUGACGGGUGCUACCGCUAGGACAGGAUAUAUGUUCCCUUAUUUUCCAGAUGUAGAAGUGACUUUCCUUGUAUGUGCUUGUAAGAUUGUGUGAGUGACGGGUGCUACCGCUAGGACAGGAUAUAUGUUCCCUUAUUUUCCAGAUGUAGAAGUGACUUUCCUUGUAUGUGCUUGUAAGAUUGUGUGAGUGACGGGUGCUACCGCUAGGACAGGACAUAUGUUUCCUUUUUUUCCAGAUGUAGAAGUGACUUUCCUUGUAUGUGCUUGUAAGAUUGUGUGAGUGACGGGUGCUACCGCUAGGACAGGAUAUAUGUUCCCUUAUUUUCCAGAUGUAGAAGUGACUUUCCUUGUAUGUGCUUGUAAGAUUGUGUGAGUGACGGGUGUUACCGCUAGGACAGGACAUAUGUUUCCUUUUUUUCCAGAUGUAGAAGUGACUUUCCUUGUAUGUGCUUGUAAGAUUGUGUGAGUGACGGGUGCUACCGCUAGGACAGGAUAUAUGUUCCCUUAUUUUCCAGAUGUAGAAGUGACUUUCCUUUUAUGUGUUUGUAAGAUUGUGUGAGUGACGGGUGCUACCGGUAGGACAGGACAUAUGUUCCUUUUUUUUCCAGAUUUAGAAGUGACUUUCCUUGUAUGUGCUUGUAAGAUUGUGUGAGUGACGGGUGCUACCGCUAGGACAGGACAUAUGUUCCUUUUUUUCCAGAUGUAGAAGUGACUUUCCUUGUAUGUGCUUGUAAGAUUGUGUGAGUGACGGGUGCUUCCGCUAGGACAGGAUAUAUGUUCCCUUAUUUUCCAGAUGUAGAAGUGACUUUCCUUGUAUGUGCUUGUAAGAUUGUGUGAGUGACGGGUGCUACCGCUAGGACAGGAUAUAUGUUCCUUUUUUUUCCAGAUGUAGAAGUGACUUUCCUUGUAUGUGCUUGUAAGAUUGUGUGAGUGACGGGUGCUACCGCUAGGACAGGACAUAUGUUCCUUUUUUUUCCAGAUGUAGAAGUGACUUUCCUUGUAUGUGCUUGUAAGAUUGUGUGAGUGACGGAUCCUACCGCUAGGACAGGACAUAUGUUCCUUUUUUUUCCAGAUGUAGAAGUGACUUUCCUUGUAUGUGCUUGUAAGAUUGUGUGAGUGACGGGUGCUACCGCUAGGACAGGAUAUAUGUUCCCUUAUUUUCCAGAUGUAGAAGUGACUUUCCUUGUAUGUGUUUGUAAGAUUGUGUGAGUGACGGGUGCUACCGCUAGGACAGGAUAUAUGUUCCCUUAUUUUCCAGAUGUAGAAGUGACUUUCCUUGUAUGUGUUUGUAAGAUUGCAUUGUGUGAGUGACGGGUGCUACCGCUAGGACAGGACAUAUGUUCCUUUUUUUCCAGAUGUAGAAGUGACUUUCCUUGUAUGUGCUUGUAAGAUUGUGUGAGUGACGGGUGCUACCGCUAGGACAGGAUAUAUGUUCCCUUAUUUUCCAGAUGUAGAAGUGACUUUCCUUGUAUGUGCUUGUAAGAUUGUGUGAGUGACGGGUGCUACCGCUAGGAUAGGACAUAUGUUCCCUUUUCGCGAUGACUGAUAUUCGGUGAUCCGUUCCUAUAAUAUUCCCGCUACGUUGCCUUUUACUCCCAUAAAAUCUGUUUCGGGGGAUAAUGGAGAUAUUCUUUGGCGUAGGCGUUUCAUAAUAAUUACGAAUAUGGAAAGAAUUUUGUUGCUUUUAUUCACUGCAAGGAAUGUUCUCAAGCUCCACGCGUAAAUUAUUAAAUGAUGCAUGACUACAGGGAUAAAUCGAUGAAACAUUACUGUAUGUCGGAAAUUCACGUGAGUCCAAAUAAUGGCACAGGACUGGAAUCUAAAACAUUGAACAAACUCGUUAACGAGUUAAGGAGCUGACAGACCUCAAGUCAAUGGUAAUGUACACACAUGAUUUGCAAAGUUUGCAUGUUUUAGUCAACUUGACAUGAUAUUUGGAAAUGUUGUUGACAUUUGUAUGACAUCCUGUUUUAUUUGCAAUUCAGUCGCCUGGUUCUAUAUUUGUCAAGGGGGUAAUAAUUGCAGAUGUAUUUACACUGGUAUUACAUGCUCUAUCAGGGCAAAUUCCGAACACCUUACUAUUGUAAAACGGUAUUUAAUGCGGGAAAUAUAAUAUAAUCAUUCGUGUCCUGAAAUGUGAAUUGAAUUUAUGUGUUGUGAUAAUAAAGAUUGGA